AAUAUAUAAAGUAAUAAUGGUGUCAACAUUGCGCCCUUUGAAGACGCAACAACUACUGUCCAUAUUCAAGGUGCUGGACCGCAAUAAAAAAGGAAGACUGACAUUGCAAGAUUUAGAUUACGCGUUCUCUGAAAUGAUGAAUACAAGCGUGUCUGCAGAAGAGCUACACUUUACCAUGAGACACCUUAUAAGUCUCGGAACGGGAGAAGAUGGCAAGGCAACCCACGGGCAUGAUAAUCGUGCAGAACAAGAGGAAUUAGACUUCUCGAAAUUUAUUGAUGUGGUCAAUAGUACCUUGAAGCUCCGCACGCUUGAAGAUAUCCUGGCAGGGACCUUUAACAAAAUCACGGGAGGCAAAGAUCGCAUUACAGUAGAAGACCUCCUAAAGUUAGCGCAAAAGGCAGGCAUUGAAUCCGGCAGUGAUGCACGAGUUCGCCUAGUUACACGUAUGCCCACUGAAUCUGCAGAUCUUGCCGAAUUUUGCAAGUGCGUAGCCGGUACAUGAAUCAAUACA